AUGUUUUCGGGCCCACAUCCACUUCGCCUUCAGUCAUUGCAAUUUGUGCCGGAAAGUUCCGUGCCCCUGAUCCGGACGACAGCUGACGAAGCCAAUAGCAUGUCACUUCUUUGGGAAAAUGUACUGGAUGCGUUGGACGAUGACGUCGAGGCAAAUGAGGACACAGACCGCAGCAGCUCGAACGAGGAUCCACUCUCGUCGUCAUCAUCGUCGUAUCCGUCAUCGAGAAAUCACGUGUAUCGUCUGGGAAUAUUCCAGCCUGCGAUCCUCCUUCAAAUUGUUCAAGGCAUCAUACAGCGCUUGUUUCAGUCUGUUGUGUUAUUGCAUCAACAUACGUGGCUCUCAUUGUCGCCCAAUCUCCGCGAAGGAUCCGCCAUUCUCGUCCAGCGGGUUAUCACGACAGCGUAUCUACAAGCACCCCAUACUGAAUCUUUGCACGCUGUCCCGCUUACAUGGCGAGAGCUUUUUUUUUGGCAUGCCACACUUGGCCUUGCUCUCAUUAGUUUGGCGGUGCAUUUUCAUACAUUUGUCGUUGUGUCGUCAGUGGGUGCGUUUCAUUUCGGCACACCGUUUGUCGCUGUAGGCGCAUAUCCUCUUGUGUCUGACGCCGUCCGAUGUACUGUUGUUUGGGAAAGUGUCAGCUUUGUGGGGGUCUUGCUGCUAGCGAUGAUUCUUUGGGGAAUUGGACGUGCAUUUAUUAUGAUAUGGGGCAGUCUGUUGCGCGUGUCGAACUGGUGCAUUGCAAACACGCCACAUAUUGUUGUCGAUUGGGUCGACACAACGAUGCAAGCGAACACGGCGACGCAACAAGGCUCGUUCGUGGCGGCCGCUACAGCAGUGGUCUGGCGGCCUGUGGCAUGGUUUACAUGGUUUAUAGAGCGUGUGGUUCAUGGACAUGCUGCACAACGGGAGGAACUAAGAGAAGAUCCACGUUGGGUGUGGAUGUUGGCGCAUGCCGGCGAUUAG